AUGGCUGAACAUGUUAUUAAGGAGCAAUCGUCGAGAUCUACCAGUGUCCGUAAACAAGAUCAGGAAAACAUCAAAUCAGCAUUGUUUAACGAUGGAAGGGAAGAGUCUUCCAUGGAGACUUCCGAGGAUACUGAAGUUCCGGUAUCCAAUCUUCCAGAGAUACCUAUACGGGACAUGCAUCUCAACUUAGUAACGGAAAAGCAAAUAUCAGAGAAAACGUUUUUAAGUGCGGUACAUAAAGGAUUCAGCUGUCUGAGAGAGGAUGACGCGCUAUGUGACGUCACAAUAUUUGUUGAGGGAAUGGAGUUCAAAUGUCACAAAACGAUUCUUGCAAUCUUUUCGGAAUAUUUUCGGUCGAUGUUUACCUCAGGAAUGAAAGAGACUGACCAAAAAGAGAUUUGGCUAUCAGGUUUUAGAGGUACAACUAUUCGGAAGAUGAUAAUGUGUAUUUACGAAGGCUUUAACGGAUUCACCAUCACCGACGCAAGAGAAUUGCUAGAAGCUUCCGUUUUCUUCAGAAUUGAAUCUCUGAGACACAUGUGUGAAAUGAUGCUUUCUUUAGCGUUAGACAUUCUAAAUCUGAGAUAUUCCAACAUAUUAGACAGCCAUUUUUAUCAGAAGCUUUAUUUUGACUUUAGAAAUAACUUCCGUUUUUUCACAGAACAUGCAAUUCAACCUUUUGUUAAAGAAGCACUAAAAUAUGAAAGGCAUCCAAGCACUCGUAUGAACGAGAUAUCGGUCAGGACGACGCUUCGUCAGCACUACAGCUUCGAAAAGGUACUUUUAGUCAUCGGAUUCAAACAGACGUUCACAUGUACAAAUCCUAGUAUGUGGGCUUGGCGCUUUGAUUGUAAACAGUGGUACUCAUUGAUAUCGUCCCCGUACAAACUAGGAUAUGAUUUUGCCACUUGUCGUUAUGGUGAAAGUGAAAUUUACUUCAGUGGGGGCCAAGGCAGAAAGACUUUUCAGAAAUUUGACGGAUUGACCGAUAAGAUUUUGCCAUGCACACAGAUGAAGACGGCCCGAAUGAGUCAUUGUAUGGUUUGUGUGAGCGACUCAAUUUAUGUUCUCGGUGGUAAUGACUUCCAGUUUGAUAGAGAAGACAGCAUUCCAAAAGAAGAAGCACUGGAACGCGUUGAGACAUGGAGACCAGGAGAUAACACGUGGGGACAAUGUGGCAACAUCCUAACUCCGGUAUUGUGUGCGGCGGCAUGUGUUUCAGGAAGAAUUAUCUUCCUCUAUGGCGGGUUUACAGACCAAGAGAAGAAGGAACCUUCAAACAUGACACAGUUCUUUGACACAAAAACAAACACGGCAGGAUACCUUUUAACACAGCUCCCGUUCAGGUAUCAAAAUUUGAAUGCUGUGAAUAUUGGAAAUGUGACCUAUAUUCUUGCAAAGAACUACAUUUUUGUAAACAAAGACGAGUUAGAAUAUACAAAGAUUAAAUCAGUAAGGAACGAGGGUAGUUGCUAUAGUGUUUUACAACCUUCUGCGUUGACAAACGACACGAAAUAUCUCUAUAUCAUACAGGAAUACUGCCCCCGAUCGAUACCAUUCCAAAUGGACAGAACGUGGGAAUUGCAACGAUUUAAUAUAUCAAACAGACUGCUAGAGCGAGUUUCUGAGAAAAUCCAAUUUUUAAAAUCAUGUGAAUCUACAUAUACAUUAGUGGUGUCAAAGUCAAUAUUACAGGAAAAGUGCAUUCUUUCACCCAAUGCUAAAGGAUUUUUGACCUGA